CUGCGACCAGCGACCUGCGUGCUCCGUCUCCACCAGUCCUCCCUCUGCUCCGACCUGGCGACCAUAGACUGGCUGCGUUCUCCGUCUCCACUCUGCGUUACAUUUCGUCUUCAAUUCCAAGUUACCGGCGGCGCCAACUAUGCGGAAUGCAACUAAUAGGAAUAGCAAUCCUGAGGGCUCAGAGGUUCUGUGGAGCAUUACGUCGAACAUUUGUCAUGGCAUCGCCCGACCCCAAAUUUCAUCUUCGUUUCAGUUUCUGCACGCAAGUACCAACUUCAUCCCUGGAUUCGGGAUCAGAGAAUGAGCAUAUUGUAGCGGAAGAAGAUGCAGGAGUAAAUAGCUUGAGUUCGAGGGUAGAAAAACUGCCCAGAGGGGAGCCGAUUGGGUCAGCCUUCCAGAGCUGGAUGGGCGAUGGCUUCUCCAUUCACAGAGGCCAUAUCUUCCAUACUAUCAACCGUUUGCGCAGGCUCAAUUCCACCAAACGCGCUCUUGAGGUGAUGGAAUGGGUAAUUAGGGAGAGGCCAUACAGGCCCAAGGAAUUAGAUUAUUCGUAUUUACUGGAAUUCACUUCUAGGCUUCACGGAGUGUCGCAGGCUGAGAGUCUGUUCUGUCGAAUUCCCUCUGAAUUCCAGAAUGAGUUGCUCUACAACAAUCUUGUGCUUGUGUGUCUGGAAAGAGGGCUGAUAAGGCUUUCACUAGCAUAUAUGAAGAAAAUGAGGGAGCUUGGUCAUCAGAUAUCACAUUUGGUGUUUAAUCGCCUUAUCAUUCUACACUCGUCCCCUGGUCGAAGAAAGUCGGUUCCAAAAAUCUUAAUUCAGAUGAAAGCUGACAAGGUCACUCCGCAUGUUUCCACCUUCAAUAUUCUGUUAAAGAUUGAAGCUAAUGAGCACAAUAUUGAAGGUUUGGUCAAAGUGUGUAAUGAUAUGAAGAGAGCUAAAGUCCAACCAAAUGAGGUAACCUACUGCAUUUUAGCCACUGCCCAUGCUGUGGCAAGGUUGUAUACAGUGUGUGAGGCUUAUGUUGAAGCUGUUGAGAAGUCUGCAACUGGGAAAAACUGGUCAACAUUGGACAUUCUUGUUAUAUUGUAUGGACAUCUGGGGAAGCAGAAGGAACUGGAGAGGACUUGGGGCAUUACCCGAGAACUUCCUCAUGUUAAGUCUAAGAGUUACAUGUUGGCUAUUGAAGCGUUUGGGAGGAUUGGAGAUCUAAAUCGGGCUGAAGGUCUGUGGUUGGAAAUGAAAUUAGAAAAGGGUUUGAAAUCAAUUGAGCAGUUCAACUCAAUGAUAGCUGUGUAUUGCAAGCAUGGUCUAGUAACCAAAGCAACUGGGCUGUAUAAAGAGAUGGAGGCAUGUGGGUUGAAAGCAAAUUCUAUAACUUUCCGACAUCUUGCUUUGGGUUGCUUAAAAGCAGGAGGGUUAGUAAAGGAAGCUAUGAAAACUCUGGACCUGGGGAUGGAUAUGACAACAAGCAUAAAGGUGAAACGAUCAAUUCCAUGGUUAGAAACUACCCUUUCAAUAAUUGAAAUUUUGGCAGAUAAUGGUGAGCUUAAAAUGGUUGAGAAGUUGUUUGAAGAAUUGAAGAAAGCAAAAUAUACCAGGUACACGUUUGUGUAUAAUGCAUUGAUUAAGUCAUAUGUGAAGGCAAAAGUAUAUGACCCAAAUCUUCUCAAAAGGAUGGUGUUAGGAGGGGCCAGGCCAGAUUCUGAGACUUACAGUUUACUGAAGCUCAUUGAGCAAUUUCAAGCAUGAUCCCAAACUGGAUGCUUUUUAGGCUUUCCCUUGAGAAUACAUUAAUGCUUUCUGUGCUGCUUUGGCUACAGGGAUUUUUAUUUGUUCCUAGAUAUGGAUCAGAGCUAGUCUGGAUUUUUUAGGAAAAAGAAAAUGAUAAACUAUACGAACAGGAGUUGUUUGCUUCACUCAGGGAAUUGGGAAGUGAAACAAUGCAUGGAAGUAUAGAACAAGGAGUAGAUGCAUUCAGUACUUUUUCACCAGAUGGAUGUUUCUCCUCCAACACAUCAUUCAAUAAUGUGUAUGAUUUUCUUUCUCUUCCCUUCUUUAUAAUGAUUGCUUUACUCAAUGAGAGAUUUAUGUUGAUACAUUUUGUGCUCCAUCUUUUUCUUGAGUUGUUUUUAACUCCAUCACUUGGUAAAUUCUUGAAUCUCGUCUAAUACCUCUCCUAGCCCUCCUGUCUUUUGAAAGGAAAGACUUGAUAAGUUGCCUAUAAGGUUAUCAAGAUUUCUUUCCACUUUCAAAUUGUUACAUAAAUUAUAAAUUUGGCUUGCCUAGUCCUCAUGUCCUCACAGUCAUUACUUGAGGGUUUUUUACUAACAAUAAAAAGCAAGGGUGGAUUUUUUAGUGUUGGGGGAUGGGGUUUUAUUUGAGGGUUUUUAUUCCUGCAACGGGUGUUUUGUUUGGCAGAGAAAAAAAGGGUGUGAGAACGCUCCACACCCACCAGGCGCGUUUCGAAAACGUGCACCGUGGGUGCAUAAGUGUGGCCGCCAACUGGUAGCCAUUUUGAUUUAAUUUCAAUUGCUGUUGCUAGCAACGACAAUUUUGGUCCCAGACGUCCUUUUCCAGCCUUCUAUGAUUGGAAUGGAAGCUGCUGGCAUUCAUGAAACUACAUAUAUACAACUCAAUCAUGAAGUCAGGAAGGAUCUUUAUGGAAAUAUUGUCCUUAGCGGUGGCACGUACCACCAUGUUACCUGGUAUUGCAGAUAGAAAGGAAAUCACUGCCCUAGCCCCAAGCAGUAUGAAAAUCAAGGUCGUUGCUCCACCUGAAAGGAAGUACAGCGUCUGGAUAGGAGGCUCCCAUUCAUUUUGGCAUCUCGAUCUGAUCUGAGUACUUUCCAGCAGGUGAGCUAGCUAGCUCAUGCAAAUUUCAAUUGUCUUCCAUUUCCGUUGUUGUUAGAUCAGAUUUUAUUUCGAGUACUAAAGACAGGCAGAAGAGUAUGACGAAUCCCUCCAUUGUCCACGUACAGAAAGUGUAUGUUUCUAAUUGUAUUGUUCGAUCGAGCUGGGAAUUUUAAUUAUCUUUUUUCUCCAUUAUUCAUUUCAUGUCCAUGUUAUUUGCUACUCGUAUUAGAUUAGAACAACUUAACGGUCGAAGAAGGUUUAGAAAUGGUAGGAAAAAUAUCCAGAUUCUGGAUAUGAUGUUACUUUUUUCUUUUUCAUGUCCGGUUGUUAGCAGAAAGAAUCUCUUGUUAAAAGAGGGGACACAUAUUCAGCAAAAUUAAAUUACAAAAACUGUUAUUGAUGAUA